AUGAUCAAAAAGAUAGUUGAAGAAAAUGUGUUAGUUGGAGAACUGUUGAUAGAACAGGAGAAAAUUUAUCCAGGUGAUACCUUUGGAAUGAUGUCUGGUAGUUUAAGCUUGGAAAGGAAGUUGCUGUGUGCAAUUGAGAAUGAUAUGUUAAGUGUUUUCAAAGAACUGAUAGAAGGACCUAACGGUCCAGAUUUAGUAAAUUCAAUUUUAAUGAAAUCAUCCCGACGAACUACACUGCAUGUAUGCGCAAACAAGCACAAGAAGGAAAUGAUCAAAAUUUUACUGAAGCUAGGAGCUGAUCCUUUGAAACAAGAUGGUUUUGGACAUUCCUCGCUUGAAUUGGCACUUGGACAGUUCGAUAUUGACUGCCUCUGGUUGAUCCUCGAAGUCAUUCCAUCAGACAGAUUGUAUUUAUGUUUGAAUAAAAAAAUGUCACUUUCCAACUUUGCAUUCAAAGUGUUGAUGGGUUGCACAACGGCUCCAUGCAUGUUUUUUUGGCUUAGUUCUGAUUACAUGUGUAUAGAUUUCCACUGUCUCUUCUGUAUAAUAUACAAUUAUUACCCUUGUCGGAAUCCAACUUUCACUUUGGAAGAUGUACAGGAACAAUUAUUUAAAAGAUGGUACCGAAACUGGAUGUGCCAAGUGAAAACUUUGAAGCAUCUGUCAAGAUGUGCCAUAAGGAAAGCAUCACAUUUCAACGUCUGCAACUUUGCAGGACAACUCCCACUGCCUGAAUCACUCAAAAGAUAUCUCAUUGACUUUUCAGACUGUAUUGAUUGA